ACAGGCUGACCAUAUACUGCAAUUCUCAAUAGCCGAUAUAAGAAAUGAGAUGGAUCUGUAGACAUGUACAUGGAAAAUGUGCCAGGAUAUAUUGCAAAGGGAAGGGGGAGGCAAGUUACAGAACAAUAUGUACAGUGUGGUCUCUUUUCUCUUUAAAAUAUAUAUGUGACUGUACCUUGGAAAAGAUCUGAAGGAUACACAUCAAGCUGUAGGUAGGCUUUACCCGUACGUAUGUCCGUAUCCCUAUAAGGAUAUAAGGAGAGCAUAAAGGAAGUGAGCUCCCCUUCCCUGAGGUAUGCAGAGAUCAGCUGCCUCAUUCUGAGCGGCAUUAUGGAAGGAAUUUCCACAUCACUCAGGGGUGACCUAGGUCCCCUCUUAGCCCUGAGACUCUCAGAGAAUGGAGAGGUCCGGGCUAGGAGAGGAGUCCACGCCUAAGGGGAAAGGGUUAAGUGAGGAUGCGGUGGCUGUGGGCGGGCUCAGCAAUCGGCAGCGCCAGGCUCUGUUAGCCAAGUCUGAGCAUCUCGGAGGAUGCGGCGCUGCAAGCGGCUGCUGGGACACGCGCAAGGUGAACGCGGGGGCUGCCUGCGCGACGCCCAGGUGAGGAACUGGCAAAGGAAGGGGGCAAUGGUGGGGCCCAGGCAGGGAGCAUGGCCUGCAGCCCCGGUCUCAGCAAGGCGCAGAAGGUCCUGCACCAGAGCCCACCCCCACCCAGGACACUGCGGGGAAGGCGCGGAGCCAGGGGCCAGGAGAAGGAGGACGAGAGGUAACCUGAGAUGGGCCAGCUCCCAGACGCUGCCCUGCACUGCCCUCUCCCUAGACCCUGAGCCAAGGAGAUACCCUUCCCCCCUCCAAUAAACCCCACAUUUCUCCAGCAGCUGGAACCUAGUGCUGGGCAGCCCCCUCUUUGUCCGCAGACGCCCACAUCUCUGGGAUUGGGGGUGGCGAGCAGAUUGCAUAUGCUUAUUGAAGGCCCAGCUCCGCUGUCUCCUCCUCUGCAAAGCUUUCUGGACUCCCUGAGCAAAAUGAUCUACAGCGCGAUCCACAAUGCCUAGUAUGACUGUGUGACCUUGGGCUUAUCCAGUGAGGACUGGAAGUUGAGGGUUCUAGACCUAGGCAUCAGAGUGGACCAUGGCCUCCAGCCCAUGGGGCCAUGUACAUGGCCUCCUGCUGCUAUUGCUGCUGCUGUGUCUGGGGGCUGGCCCUGCCCUGGGCGGGAGCCUUCCCAAGGCACAAGAGGACUGGGAACCACACCUGAUCCCAGGAGCCCACCCCAGGGGCCCCGUUGGCACAGAGCCCGAAGCCUUCCUCUGGCAGAAGCCCAGAGAUGAGAGCCCUUGGAACUCCAGUGUCCCCCAGGUCCGUGCGGAGGAGGUGCCUCAAAGGAUCGAAGGCGCUCCCCUUGGCCCAGCCCUGCAUGGACCUCAAGCAGCCCAGGGGGCUCAGAGAGAAGGACUCCCAGUAACUGAUGACUUCCAGGUGGUUCAAGGGCCAAAUUCUCAGGGCUGGACAGGACCUCCUGACUCACAGGAGCCUCUGGAGCAAGAUGCACCAGCACCCCAUCCAGUGGGGUCCCCCCAUCUCACUUUCAUCCCAACAACUCCCCGACUCCAGCUCAGGGUAGCCACAGUUCCUCCCUCCUCAAGGGAGCCUGGAGGCCAAGUGGGACAGCGACCAGUUAGAGAUGAGGGUCUGGUUGCUGAAGCCAAGCCCAGGGUCUCAGAGACAUCCCCCUCCGCCCGCCAGGGUCCUCCCCACACUCUUGCACCCGACUCAGGCUCUAUCAGGAGGCCAGUGCUGGAAGAACAGGACGGGGGUGAGGAAGACUUCCAAGAGGCAGCUCAAGGCCCCAUCUUCACCCAGCAGGAUCCAGCAGCCUCUGUGAUUGGCUCAGUAUCCCCAGUUGAGGUGGCAUCCACUCAGGAGCCUGGGUUCCAGCCAGACCUGGCAUUGACCAGAAGCCUUCCUCCUGCCAAUGAGCUGCCAGCUGAGCCCCCCAAGAAGGCUAAAGGUGGGGAGAUCUGGGCAGUCAGUUUUCCAAGUCCCUCACUGAAGCAGGCUGACUUCCCUGAUGUUCAGGGCUCCCCAGGACCCCAACCUUCAGGUCCUCCAGCCUCAGAGACUCCUCAUGAGCCGCCCAAGCCAGAGAUAGCAGCAAUGAAUGGAGCAGACCCCAUCUCUCCCCAGAGGGUGAGAGGAGCAGUGGGAGCCCCAGAAACUCCCAAGGCCCUCAUCCCCCCUGGCCCCUCGGACCCGGGCCCAGCUACAAACCAAACGGAAAGUCCUGUGAGGACCCUGCAGCCAGACGAAGCCGAGGAGUGGCCGGGGCGCCCCCAAAGCCAUCCCCCAGCACCCCCAGUCCAGGCCCCCUCGACGUCACGCCGGGGCCUCAUUCGGGUCACCACACAGCGCGCCCUGGGACAGCCAGCUCCUCCGGAGCCCUCAGCCAGCUCCAUGGCAUCUGCCCCAGCCUCUAGCCCUCCGGCCAACGCCACCGCACCCCCCCUGCGCUGGGGUCCCCUUCGGCGGGUGCUGAGCUUUUCCUGGGAGCUGCACGUCUAUGGGGUAGGGGUGCUCUUUCUGCUGCCGGCGUUGCUGUCAAUGGCCUCUCUGGCAGCCGCCUCUACGGGGCCCUGGCUGGCACUGGUGGCGGCAGUGCUGGUGCUCCUAGCAUCGGGGCUGCGAUCUGCCUACAUGCUUGCCGACCCCUACGGCUCUCAGGCGCGGCUGGGCUUACGCGCCGGCCUGGUGCUCUACAACCUACCCUUCCCCUUGCUGCUCACCGCGUUGGCGGCCCUGACCCUGCUAGGACUGGGUGCGGGGCUGCCCCCGCAGCUGCAGAACCCGCUCCUGCUCGGAGUCCUGGCGUUGACUCACGGCGUGGGGUUGCUCGCUACAGACCUGCUGUCGUCGACGCCGGCGCUCAACCUCCUGGCUCAGGGCUUCUCGUGCGCCUGGGGCGCAGCCGUGGCUCUGGGCACGCUCUGCCUGUGCCGUCGCCGCCUGCUGGACGGGCCGCGGGGCUGGGAUGCCAGCCCAGGGCCGCGGCUGCUGGCAGUGGCGGGCUCCCUGGGGCUGCUGGCUAGCGGUUUACAGCUGGCAGCUGCCCUCUGGCUGUACCCAGGCCCAGGCCGCGUGGGCCGCUUCUCAUGGGCCUGGUGGGGGGUCCAUUUCUGGCUGCGCCUGCUGGAGCUGACCUGGGCCCUCGUCUUGGCACUGGCUGCUGUGGUCGCGGCGCGGCCCAGGCCGCCCACGGAGCACGCGUGCUGGGCGAAGCUGCGGCGCCUGGCGUGUCCUGCGCCCUCGGGCAAAAGCGAGGUUCCGGAGCGACCCAACAACUGCUACGCGGGGCCCAGCGGCGUUGGCGUCGGCAGCUUGGAGAUCAGCAAGAGCCUCAUCCGCAACUCUGCGGAGGGAGCGCCGCCUGCCACCCCCAGUUCAGGCGCCUGGGGCUCGGCUGCGUCACUGGGCCGCGGCCCCCAGGGUGGCCCGGUCCUCUCCCGUAGCAGCGUGGGGCCGGCUCCGUCGAUGAGCGAGCUGGACCUGCGGCCGCCGUCACCCAUCAACCUGAGCCGCAGCAUCGACGCCGCGCUCUUCCGAGAGCACUUGGUGCGCGACAGCGUGUUCCGACGCUGCGGCCUGCGCGGUCUGGCCUCCCCGCCGCCUGGGGGCGCGCUGCGGCCGCGCCGGGGCAGCCAUCCGGACACUGAGCUCGACGGUGCGGGCUCCUUGCUCCGUGGCCGCUGCCGGUCGCUCAGCGACGUGCGCGUCCGCGGGCCGGUCCCUCCACACGUAGUGGAUGAGCCGGAUCAGGUGGCUUCUGGCAGCUCCAUGGACAGCUUCUCCCGGGGCUCGCUCAAGAUCAGCUGGAACCCGUGGCGCCACGGGCUGUCGUCGGUGGACAGCCUGCCCCUAGAUGAGCUGCCCAGCACGGUGCAACUACUGCCAGCCCCAGCCACUGCAACUGCUCCCAGCCGGCCCCUAGAACCCCGGAGUGAGGUCCAGCCUUCCUGCAAGCCAGGGGACUCUCGCAGCGCCUCCAGUGACACCAUUGAACUCUGAGCCGAUCCCACACUGUUGCAGGACCAGCCUUCAGUGACCAUAUGGCAUGGCCGACUGGGACAGUUGAGCCCUUAAAAAACUGGCAUCCUGGGACCUGAACCUGAUUGCAGCCCCUGGAAGCAGCCAGGAGUGUCCCCAACCCCCACCCGCGUUUUUUGUUUUUUAAAUAUCUAUUUUUUUCCAGCAGGUAUUUUGCACAGAGGCUGUGAUUUAUAUGGAAUACAGGGUGGACAUGCAUGGAUUUGGGUAUGAGGAAUGGGGUCCAGGUGCCCCAAACACCCCUCCAGACUCCCCAUUGUGGAAGGAUGAGGCUCGCUUGUCUAGAUUGAAUGUCCUCUUUGUGCCAAAGAAAUAAACCUUUAGGACUUGG